UUUUCUUUUCGAAUUCCUAUUCGGGGCCACGCAGUUCGGCCGUUCGUUGUCUGAUUUUACAAAUUCAAACUAAGUUAAGAGGUAAAUGGCCAACAGAAAAGAUCACGAGGAGACGGACAAGCAGACCCGUAUUGCCAUUGUCAGUGAUGACAAAUGUAAGCCAAAGCGUUGUCGCCAGGAGUGCAAAAAAUCAUGUCCUGUAGUGCGUAUGGGAAAGUUAUGUAUCGAAGUGGCGCCCGCAUCCAAAAUCGCUUCUUUGUCCGAAGAAUUGUGUAUAGGUUGUGGUAUUUGUGUCAAGAAAUGUCCUUUUGAGGCAAUUACUAUUAUAAAUAUUCCCAGCAAUUUGGAGAAGCACACAACUCAUCGUUACGGGAAAAACUCCUUUAAAUUGCAUCGCUUGCCAAUUCCACGACCCGGCGAAGUUUUGGGUCUAGUUGGUCAAAAUGGUAUUGGCAAGUCGACUGCAUUGAAAAUAUUGGCUGGAAAGCAAAAGCCGAACUUGGGCCGCUACAUCGAUCCUCCAGACUGGACAGAGAUUUUGGCUUAUUUCCGUGGAUCUGAACUGCAAAACUAUUUUACAAAAAUUCUCGAGGACAAUUUGAAGGCAUUGGUCAAACCGCAAUAUGUCGACCAGAUUCCUAAAGCUGUUCGCGGCACGGUCAAUGAUUUGCUCAACAAGAAAGAUGAGCGUAAAAACCAGACGGAAAUCUGUGAAAUGUUGGAUUUAUCGCACAUACGUGAACGCAACAUUGCCGACCUUUCCGGUGGAGAGUUGCAGCGUUUCGCUAUUGCCAUGGUAUGCAUUCAAGACGGUGAUAUUUUCAUGUUUGACGAACCCUCUUCCUACUUGGAUGUAAAGCAGCGUCUCAAUGCUGCUUUGACGAUACGACAUCUGUUACAUCCAACAAAGUUCAUAAUUGUCGUCGAACAUGACUUGUCCGUAUUGGACUAUUUAUCCGAUUUUAUUUGCUGUCUAUACGGUGUUCCUGGUUGUUAUGGUGUAGUUACUAUGCCUUUCUCUGUACGCGAAGGCAUAAAUAUUUUCCUUGACGGCUUUGUUCCAACUGAAAAUAUGCGUUUCCGUACAGAAUCGCUUACAUUCAAGGUUUCCGAGUCGGCAACUGAAGAAGAAGUUAAGAGAAUGAACCACUAUGUUUAUCCGGCAAUGCAGAAGACGUUGGGCAAUUUCUCUCUUACCGUCCAAGAAGGUCACUUUAGUGAUUCUGAAAUUUUGGUGCUUCUUGGUGAGAAUGGUACCGGCAAGACAACAUUCAUUCGUAUGUUGGCUGGCAACUUACAGCCUGAUACCAGUGUGGAUCUUCCUGUGCUGAAUAUUUCUUACAAACCACAAAAAAUUUCACCCAAGUUCCAAAAUCAUGUCCGCCAUCUUCUUCAUGAAAAGAUUCGCGACGCCUAUGUUCAUCCUCAAUUUGUUGCCGAUGUUAUGAAACCAAUGAAAAUUGAAGAAAUUAUGGACCAAGAAGUGCAAAAUUUGUCUGGUGGUGAAUUGCAAAGGGUAGCCUUAGUUUUAUGUUUGGGCAAACCUGCCGAUGUGUACUUGAUUGACGAGCCUUCUGCUUACUUGGAUUCAGAACAACGUUUGGUCGCUGCUAAGGUUAUUAAACGUUAUAUUUUGCACGCCAAACGUACUGGCUUCGUGGUAGAGCACGAUUUUAUAAUGGCAACAUAUUUAGCGGAUCGUGUCAUUGUGUUGGAGGGUCAACCUUCGGUAAAGACCACAGCUUACUCGCCUCAAUCGUUGUUGAACGGUAUGAACCGUUUCUUGGAACUGUUGGGUAUUACUUUCCGCCGUGACCCUAACAAUUUCAGACCACGCAUUAACAAAAACAAUUCCGUAAAGGAUACUGAGCAAAAACGUUCCGGUCAAUUCUUCUUUUUGGAAGAUGAUGGCAAAUAAAGAAGAAAAGCCCAUUUUGAUUACAUCCAA